UCUCUCUCUCUCUGUCUGUCUGCCUGUCGCCCUCCUCCUCCUCGUCCUCCUGUCUCUUCGUCUCGUUUCUGUCCGUCACUUUCUGUUUUUGUCUUGUACUUCAGCUGUCUCGUUCACUUUUUCCGCUGUUUGAUUUUCACUUUUCUUUAUUCCUCUUAAAGGUUUUUUUUUUUUUUUUUUGCUCUGUCAGUUUUGUGGCUAGACUGUGUAGUUUUUGUCUCUCCUUCGCCUCUGGUUUCUGCUGACAACACUGCAGGCUAUUUUUUACUUUGUCACAACUCCAUGUCCUCUCUUUUUUCUGUGCCGUCGCUUUAAUAUUGUAUUGUCCCGUCCUCUUUUCUCCCUACAAUUCCUCGUAGUCUAGUUUUUCUUCUGCUGCUGCUACUGUUUCACCUGCCUCUCUCCUUCACCUUACAACAACCUCCCUCCAUCCUCUUCUCCUCCACCUGAGCUCGUCCUUCCACUGAGUAGCUUUGCACUUCUGCAUGAUGGGAAAGACAGAGCUGUACUCUCUGUAUAAGGGUUUUCUGGACUGUAUUUGCCUCUGCCUCUCUCGGGGCAACGACGAAGCUGCAGCCGUCAACGAGAGGGACACCGAGAACGGUCACCUGAUCUACAAAAGUGGGGACAUCCUUGAAGACAGAUAUGAGAUAGUCGACACUCUAGGUGAGGGGACUUUUGGGAAGGUGGUACAAUGUUUGGACCACGGCAGGGGAGGAAGUCAAGUCGCCCUGAAGAUCAUUAAGAACCUGGAGAAAUACAGAGAGGCAGCCAAACUGGAAGUCAAUGUCCUGGAGAAGAUCAGUGAGAAAGAUCCACACAACAAGCAUCACUGUGUGCAGAUGCUGGACUGGUUUAACUACUACGGCCACGUGUGCAUCUCUUUCGAGCUGCUGUCUCUCAGCACCUUUGACUUCUUGAAAGCAAACAAUUUCCUGCCUUAUCCCAUUAACCAGAUCCGACGCAUGGCCCACCAGAUUUGCCACGCUGUCAGAUUUCUCCAUGACAACAAGCUGACUCACACUGACCUGAAGCCAGAGAACAUCCUCUUUGUCAACUCAGACUACUCCCUCGUAUACAACGCUGAGAAGAAGUGCAAUGAGAGAAGAAUAAAUGACACCACAGUGCGGCUUGUUGACUUUGGCAGUGCCACUUUUGACCACGAACACCACUCUGCCGUCAUCUCGACUCGUCAUUACCGAGCUCCAGAGGUCAUUCUGGAGCUGGGCUGGAGUCACCCCUGUGAUGUCUGGAGUAUUGGCUGCAUCCUGUUUGAAUACUACGAAGGCUUCACACUGUUUCAGACACAUGACAAUAAGGAACAUCUCGCCAUGAUGGAGAGAAUACAGGGACCAAUUCCUCAGAGAAUGAUCCAAAGGAGCAGGAAGCAGAGGUAUUUCCACCGCGGGCGUCUCGACUGGAACGAGUGCUCCAAGGCCGGACGCUAUGUCAAAGCCAAGUGCAAACCGUUGAGGAAGUACUUGUUGUCACAUGGGACAGAACACCACCAGUUUUUCGAUCUCCUUGAGAGGAUGCUGGAGUACGAGCCCUCAAAACGCAUUUCUCUUUCGUCUGCUCUACGCCACCCUUUCUUCCUGCCCCUCGUUCACCCAGGAAGGAGUCAUGUCUGGAGAAACAGCUGCGAUAUGAGCAGAUGACCCUGAGUAGCCACUUGACCCUUUAAGAGGACCACACCACUGUGUUUGCAAGUUUUAGCUCCUUAUUUACUGAUCGUGUACUUUACAUUAUAUCUCAACACGGUGGAGUAUCCCCCACUAGAAGAAUCUAGACCCUAAAAUUAAUACAUUUUAAUUAGACAAUCAAUUAGCUACUUGGUUCACAAAUGCCAUCGCUAAUUCUGAUGGGUAAGACUGAAAAGUGAUCGCUCUCAGUCAGCUGAUUGAAUCAGAAACAGGAGAUGGAAAAAAUGUAAGAAGAGUAAGGCAAUUAGGAUUAUAUGGCACGUCAUUACUUUUCAGGUCAGUGUGUUUUACUGUGCUGAUAGAUCCAAAGUAAUAUUCAAAACAUUUUGCUUACCAUGUACAAAUGAAAUAUGUUUUUUCCUACUGUCACAGACCUCCUUUGUUCACUAUGUAUUUUUGUGGUAUGAAAAUCAUUUAGCAGAAACUCACAUUUGUCAGUGUUAAAUUAUAUAGCAUUGUAAUGCAGUUAAGUGCAGAUUGAUGUGAAAAAUGCACUGUGUCACAUCAUUAUAAUAAUGUAACUUAAUCUGAGGAAAAAAUGUGAAUAAUUGACCUUCAUUGAAUAGGUCAAGCAAGUUUUAUCAGUCUGCUAAUAGAGUUUUGUAUCAAACAGAAAUGAGUGAAGACAAAUGGAUGCCUGGAACAGUGGAAAGAUUUAUUUCUACAGCAGCAGCAUGGUCAGCUGAUAAUGUAAGUAUACAUGAUUUGUAGAGAAAGGGGCCGCAACAUGCAAAACUACAAGACUGAUCCUCAAGUAAAACAAGUCUGCUUAAAAAACGAACUGUAAAAUAUACAUUCAUGUCGUAUCUCUAAAAUUUAGAGGAUAUACUGUAGAUACAAAAGCUUUAAAAAUAUCUUUUCAGUUUUAUGCUCUCAGUCACUUUAUUUUUCUAAUACAUUUUGUAUGGAAUGACUUCUUUAGUCAUUUAAUAAAUUUAGUUCUUCUGUU